UAAAUAAUUUAUUUAUUAUUUAUAAAAGAAAUUAAGGCAAAUGAAGUAACACGAAUAAGUACAAAAAAUAGUUUUUGUGGGAGCUAGUAGUAGGGCCAUUAGAAUGGCUUGCCAUUAGCUGGAUGGAAAGCUAAGCUGUAAUGGCACUUUCGAUUAGGAUCAAGCGCUAUACGACUAGAAAUCUCGUUCAUGAUCACCCCAAACCCCAGUUCUUUUUUACUUUUUCCAUUUAAUUAAUUAAUUAAUUAUUACCCUUUUCGAUCGACUAUAUAUAUGAUAUAAUCCUGAAGCUCUUUUCUGCAUCACAUUCUUAUAAUUUACUUUCAUUUCACACUCCUCCUCCUCCUAGUACUAGAACUUGUUUGUUCUAGUAGUACUAUACUUAUACUACUCAAUCAUAUUUUUGAGUCGUUUGAUCUAGUUAUUAGGCCAUAUAUAAUAAUUAAAAGGCGCCAGCCAUGAUGAGAAGUAGUAGUAAUAGUAAUUUAGCUUCUAUUUUGUUCAUUACUACUCUUGUUCUUGUUACUUAUAAUGUGUCUGCACGACCAGCCACUUUCCUUGAGGACUUCAGAGUCACUUGGUCUGAUUCCCAUAUCAGGCAAAUCGAAGGAGGGAGGGCCAUUCAACUCCUGCUUGACCGAAAUUCAGGAUGUGGGUUUGCUUCCAAGAAGCAAUACUUGUUUGGGCGUGUGAGCAUGAAGAUCAAGCUUGUUCCAGGAGAUUCUGCAGGAACCGUUACUGCUUUCUAUAUGAACUCGGACACAAAUACGGUUCGUGACGAGCUUGACUUCGAGUUCUUGGGGAACAGAACAGGGCAGCCUUACACGGUUCAGACCAAUAUCUACGCCCACGGCAAGGGUGACAGAGAACAAAGGGUUAACCUUUGGUUCGACCCUGCUGCAGCCUUUCACACUUACUCAAUUCUCUGGAACCAUCAUCAUAUUGUAUUCUACGUGGAUGAUGUGCCAAUAAGAGUGUACAAAAACAAUGAAGCAAAGGGAAUUCCAUACCCAACGAGGCAACCAAUGGGGGUGUACUCAACACUUUGGGAAGCUGAUGAUUGGGCCACUAGAGGUGGACUUGAGAAGAUUGAUUGGAGCAAAGCCCCAUUCUUGGCUUACUACAGAGACUUUGAUAUUGAAGGAUGUGGUGUUCCUGGCCCAGCUAAUUGCGCUGCUAACCGAGCCAAUUGGUGGGAAGGCACUGCUUACCAGGCACUUACUGCCCUUGAGUAUAGAAGGUACAAAUGGGUCCGUAUGAACCACAUGAUUUAUGAUUACUGUACCGAUAAAUCCCGGAACCCGGUACCUCCACCAGAGUGUGUCGCCGGCUACUAGAUCAACUCUCUUCCAAUUUCUACAUUAUAACACUCAUAAUAUAUACUUCAAAAAAAAAAUGUUGUUGUUAUUGUUUGAAAAGAAGAAAUUUGAAAAGUCCGUACGUAUACGUUACAUGGAACUGGCCCCCUUUUGUACACUACUACCCUCCUUGCAUGUUCUUUAUUAAGGGUAUAUAAGGGAAUUACAUAUGAUCAUGUGUCAUGUAUUGCAGCCAAAUAAGUUUUAAUUAUUGUUCAAAUAGGGAGGUGCUUAUAUUUGGUGGGGAAAGAAAUUUAAUUAAGCAAAUGUCAAUAUGUUUCUACUUUUGUGGCUCUGUAAUGUGUAUGUUUAUUUCUUCAUUAAGCAUUAUUUGUGCUAAUAAAUUCUGUUUUGAGUGUA